UGGCGCGCCCUUCUGCACCUCCGCCCGUGUCGGCCUGCACUCCCUGUUCCGAGGCCCAGGAGAGGCUCCAGAGCCACCUCAGACCGGACCCUCAGCCUGGGGGUCUGUGCUCUCUCCUCAGAGCAGAGAAGCCGACGGGCCGGGCAGCACCAUGUUGCCAGUUAACGACAGCGCCAGGAUGACGGGCCGGGCGCUCCAGGAGCCUCCCUAA